AUGCCUAUCACCAUCAUCACACCAAAGCCAGUGCCACGGCAUUUCGGCCGCGAUGCCGCCAACUCAGACUCGGACUCAGACUCCGGCGGCGUCGACAUAGAGGGCGACGUCGCCAUGCGGCCAGCCAAACGGGCCAGGAGGACAGGCGGCGAUGAGAUUGUCACACCCGGCGAGAUCAUUACGGAUGAUCCCCAGUGGAUGAGAGGACAUGGCACCUACGUCAACCCGGGCGAGACGUCCAUCAUCUCCUCGGUGGCGGGCACGGUGACGCGCACAAACAAGCUGCUGUCGGUGCGGCCGCUGCGGGCGCGCUACACGCCCGAGGUCGGCGACCUGGUCGUGGGCCGCAUCGUCGAGGUGCAGGCGAAGCGGUGGCGCGUGGACGUCGGCUCGACGCAGCUGGCGUCGCUGCCCCUGUCCGCCAUCAACCUGCCCGGCGGCAUCCUGCGCAAGCGCACCGAGACGGACGAGCUGCAGAUCCGCACCUUCUUCGCCGAGGGCGACCUGCUCGUCGCCGAGGUCCAGCAGCUCUUCCAGGACGGCGGCGCCGUGCUGCACACGCGCUCCCUCAAGUACGGCAAGCUGCGCAACGGCCUGUUCGCCGCCGUCUCGGGCGUCGGCGGCGGCGCGGGCGUCGUGCGCAGCAGGCGCCAGGUCUGGACCAUGGACUUGGCUACGAUUAGCGGCAGCGGUAGCAAGAUUGAUGUCAUCCUCGGCGUCAACGGCUACGUCUGGAUCAGCAAGCACGUCGAGGCCGAGAGCCCGGCCGUCGGGGGCGGCGUGACGAGCAUGGAGGAGAGCGUGAGCGUCAAUGUCUACUCGAGCCAGAACGACCCUAUCGAGGUGGAGGUCAUGCGGGAGAUUGCGAGGGUCAGGGGUGUGAUCACCGCGCUGGUGGAAAACGGACUACGCGUGGACGAGGAUAUGGUUAUGAAGGGCUAUAGGGAGGCUGUGGAAAUGGGCCGGAGUUCUACUGAAGGCGAGGAUGACAUCUAUCUGGGUGGAGAGAAAGGCCGCCAGCUAGCUGCGGCAUUGUCAGGUACCUGA